UUAGAUCGACAGCUAAUAGAUAGAUCCGUGUAAAGAAAAAAAAAAGCAGCGAAAAAAAAAAAUAUCGCGGGAGUAUAUAAACCGCCACAACUUAAGCUAGAAAACAAGCUUCUCGUUUCCCUCUCACACAACUUUCCAAUCGAUUCGAGAUUUCAUAUCUUCCUUCCAAUCGAGAAACGAAAGAGAUGGCCGGUCGUGGUCAUGGUGGUGGUGGAUCGCCCAAAUCAAACGAAUUCGUUAUUUGCGAGGGAUGCAACAAGAACGUAGCUGUUGCUUUUAUAAGUAUGCACAGUUGCAGCCGCCUCGACGCCAAAAUUCGAUUCAAACUCGAAUCCAAAGUUGCUGAGACGCAAACUGAGUCUAAGAAGAAAAAGCCUCCUACAGCUUUUUAUAUUUUCAUGAGUGAUUUUCGCAAAACUUACCAAAAAGAGAAUCCAUAUGUUAACCUUAAGGAUGUUCCAAAGCUUGGUGGUGAAAAGUGGAAGUCUUUCACUUCGGACGAGAAGCAAGUUUAUUGGGAUAGUGCUGCUCAGCUUAUGAGAGGAUAUAACAUGUCGCUUGAGAGCAGCGAAUCUGAUGAGGAAGACGAGUAUUAGACGAGGAUGUGUAUGAUUGCUGAGGUGAAUUACAAAAGAAGAUGAAGGUUAAUAAGACCAGGAGGAAGAGAUUCAUGUAGAAGUGGAAGUUAUUGUUUGGUUUUACUUAUUUACAUGUUCUGCUGGUUUGAACCAAAGUGAUUAAUAAUUUAUUUUAGAUUAUAACAGAA